UCCAUUAUUUUUCCACAUUCGUUUCAAGCAGAUGUGUUAGUGAGCAAUUUCUCGAAAUUGUUAUGUCGUCGUAAUAAAUGCUUUUUAUCUUAUAGUUAGAAUGUGUUGACAGUGAUAGAAUCUUAUCAGUUAUUAGAACUAAACUGUUCGAACCAGAACAUCAGGGGAAUACCGAGCAUAGACACGUUGAGUCAUCAAUCUGCCUCCGUAACAAAGGUGUUAAUCCUAUCAAGUUAUAUGGAUAUGAGCUGAAGCAGAAACCCAACUGGACUUUGUCUACGAUGGCGGCAGGAAUUUCCGCCUACGGUGAACUAUCCGACGGAAGUCGUCUCACAAUUGUAGUUCACGAUUCGGAACACCCACUAAAGUACGGCAGCAAGCUUAGAGUCUGCGGAGAGAACCAUUUGCUGCUCACGAUCGAUGGGAAGCUGUACCUGGCAGAGUAUCGCAACCGGGAGAGGACUGUGGAGUUUCAAUUCUUACGGGAAAAUGUUGUCGAUUUCGACACCGAAGGCAACUUUAUCUAUUUUGUGUGCAAAGCGGAGGGUAAAGUGUACCAGGGUAAAAACGGAUCGAUUGGAGAGUGGACACAGCUCUUCGAUGGGAGUGAGAUCCGGUUCGAGAAGAUUUGCUGCAAUAACAAUGGGCUGCUGCUCACCAGUGCGGAGGGUAGUGAGCUGUAUGCGAAGGGGGAUUUCGGGAAUUUGUUAAAUUUUGAAAGUUUGUCACCAGUGGAAGAUAUUUCGUCGGAGACUGUGGUUCAAAUCUCCGCUGGAAUCGAUUUUGUGAUACUGUCUAGUCAAAAGUCAACCAAAGUAUUCGCGGAUUGUAAAAAGGAUCCAUUCUACGAUCGGUUAUGUUUGGAUGAAACAAACAGCCAACGAUAUGCGGACUGGAAAAAUAUCUUCGUCAAUGCUGACUUCAGUUUCGAUCGUAAAGUCGUCCAUGCAGAUAGUUGGUAUAACUUAAAUAUCGACUCACUGAUAGUUUACGGUCAGAUGAUUCAUGAGACUGGAGUCGCAAGUUUUGGAAAGAUAAACAAAGGCCAACUUGGUACGGGCGACCACAUCCGGCGCGACAAAAUCAUCCACCUUGAGCUGUACAAUGUUGACAAGAUAGCCACAUGUUGCGACUAUUCGUCGGCCCUAACAAUAGAAGGUAAUCUUUUCCUGUGGGGUGACACCAACAAGAAUCAAGCCUCUCUCGAUACCAAUCUCACACUCUGCAGUGCUAGUACUCCUACUUUGCUCAACCGUUUCAAACAUAUACUGGACGUGAGUAGCGGAUAUUUCCAGACGUAUGUGCUCACCAGUGAUCUGAGGAUACACGAUGUGAAGUCCGACGAGAGCAGCCUGAACUACGAAUGUGGUGACAGGAAGCGACUGUGCCAUCUGUUCGGCGAAGAAGGCGUGCACAAUUUAGAGGACGUCCCGAUGAUUCUAGCCAGCGACAGUCUAAUUCUGGUAAAUCAUCUGCCCAUCAACAGAGAAGUGCUACGGAUAUACACCAACGAACAAACCACAGUUCAAUCGCUGUUGAAACACUUCAAAGAACACAACCUUUCCAGCACACUGAAAAAAACCUCGAAUACUCUUUCGCCACAUUUUUUCUACCGAUCCUGCACGAGACUCUUCUACAUGUUGCUGCUUAAUUUAAAAUCUCUCCGCAAAUAUCUGCUCGAAAACGAUCUGACCAAAGUUGUGUCCCUGCUGAUGCACGAGGAGUUGCACUAUCUGUACAGAUUGAUCGUAAAAUGUUACUGCGACAGUGAUUGCCUCGGGUUGAUGCACGAACCGGAGCAAAAGUUGUUACAAGUUUACCUGGAUAAUGUGCAGAACAAAAUCGAUUUGAUAGAGGUUCUAGUCAACACAAACAAAUCGCUCAGUGAGGCGGUGGAAACCCGCUUGCUCAAUAUCAAAAGUGAAUGGCUCAAGUUUAUGAACGAAGAGGUUAGCGAAGAGAUGGGUAAACUGACUAAAACAACGAAAGAAUUUUGGCUCCGCGAGGAGAACAUCCGGUGGUACCCUCUCAAGGAAGCCCAUCGAAGGGUUAUUUUGGACUCGUCGGAUGUUCCCCUUAAACUGCUCGAGGUAAACAUUUUCUCCACAUCUCCCAGAAUGGUUCUGUUCUCCGAUAUGUUGUGCUAUCUGGUUGGAUCGCAGAUCGUUGCGUACCCACUGGAGUUGGUUUGGAUAUCAACGGAGGUAACGGAUGCGUUGAAGAGUCGCCACAAGGAGAAGCUUCGCUUCAUGAUCAACAUCAUUACGCCGGAGGAGGUGUUGCGGUGCUACACGUUGAACUUCGCCGAUAAGUUGCUUUGGCUGAACAGUUUGAAGUCGCAUGUGAUGCAUAAUCUCAAGAUGGAUCCGACGGCGAAACAACCGGUGUACCGAUUUAGUCCGUACGAGUUCAGCGAAAAACAUGCGAAGCACGGUCGGAUGAAGUACGAGGGUAUCUGGAAGGUUGGGCAGAUCGAUGGGAUCGGGGAACUGACCGGGAACGAGCGGACGUACAAGGGAGAGCUGUAUCAUGGUGACAUUACCGGAUACGGAUGCAUGAGCAAGACGCAGUACGGGAUCACAACGGUGUAUGAGGGUGACUUCUUCGCUGGCAAGUACGAUGGAUACGGAAAGCUGAAAUCCGCUAGCCAAAACGCGUCGCAGUAUUUUAAAUACCAGGGAUACUUCAAGGCCGAAAAGUACAACGGCUUCGGGGCGCUGAAAACCAGCGCCUACCAGUACAACGGGGAUUUCGUAAACGAUAUGAUGGAGGGUUUCGGGGUGCUCGAGGACAGCUCGGACGGGGUGAAAUACAUCGGGAUGUUUGCGAACAGCAGGAAAUAUGGUAAUGGAAUUCUGAUCACCACCAAUGGGACAUAUUUCGCGGGGCUGUUCUUGAACGACGUGCUGUCCAAUUCGGCUGGUGGGUUGGCUAUUUUCCCGAGUGGCAUUUACUACAAAGGCGAACUGACCACAGAGGGACCGUGUGGAAAGGGAGUGUUCUACUAUCCGGAGCGGGAGGUCGAAUCGGAGACGUUCGAACUGGAUGACAUUGGUACGAAGAUGAGCGGACAUACGAUGACCGGAACGUUUGCGGGGACGUGGGAGAAUGUGAAAAUUUCCAACGGAAGCAUGGCGAUGAAUCAGCAGUUCAAUAAAGUGCCGAUCCUCGAUCUCAAAAUCAAUGCCGAACGGAAGUGGGCUUCCAUUUUCGCCUGUUUUCAUCAAUCCCUAUACGGUACCAGUGACAUCGCCAAGAUCCGGUCGAUGGAUGUUAAGAAAAUUUGGAGCAAGGUUGCAAUCUACAUCACACGAGCCAAGCGGAAAGAGCAGCUCAAGGCGAACAGUUUCGAUACCAAGCUGAACGAGUUGAACGAACAGUCGGCAGCGCGUAUUUGUCAAGCUGGAUUCCGUUUAACGAAUCUUUCUUCCACCUCCCUGCGCUCAAGCAUCUCGGAUUCAAAACUUUCGCUCAUUGCAAGUGGAUGCAACGGCGUUGCAAGUGAUUCAACACUGACGCUUGACAAUCUAUCGAUGAAGAGUUUCUCAUCGGUUGCGUCCCGGGAGAAUGACGACGAGUAUAUGCUGCAUCCAUCCUCCAGUCGAUCAUCUCCUUUCCGGGAUUUGGAAAUUAUCCCCGACUUCUGCAUCACCAGCAUUGACAAGCAGGGCUUGGAACUGUUGCGUGGAUAUCUGAGUGAUGCCUUCAGGAGCUCGUACCAUCCGCUGCAUCAGAUCUUCGAGAAGCUUUCGAACUGUUUCUAUUCGACCUAUAGCUGCUGGAAGUUUACGCCAAAUUCGAUACUCUGUGAACCGGCAAUGAAUGAAUGGAUUUCAAUUGUGAGCCGAAUUUACACUCUGGUGCUGACGGUUAUGUUUCCAGCGCUGCCGAAAGAUUCGGCCUUGAUUGAUGACGAAAUUGUGUCGUACCAAACCCUAUUGUAUCCCAUUCUGAUGACCCAGGGCAUCUAUUCGGCUUUGUUCGUUCUGUACGCGAGCAAAUGCAGCAAAAAUGAUGAAGUGUAUCGACAGCGGAUAUUGAUUUGUGAGAAAAAAUCAAACGAAAAUUUGAUUCAACUGCUGGACAUCAAUAAAGAUCUUAUUCCCAUAAUCGGAAACGCUUGCUACAAGAAAGCGAUAGAAAGCUUGAAUCGCUUCAAGGAAAAAUGCUGCCCGAGCGAGAUGAUGAAACAUAUCAACGAGGCAUUCACGCUGAUGGAUAGCGCAAGCAAGGACCAAGACGACAUAUCAAGCAUAACCGCUGACAGCUUGCUGGAGCUGGUGAUUCUGUUGAUCAUCAAAGCUAAUAUACCCCAGCUGGGGGCGGAAAUUAGUCUGCUGGAGGAUCUGAUGCAAAACGACGAGUCUGUCGAUAUAUACCACAGCAACACCCGCAAUGACUACUGUCUCACAACGCUGAAGGCCUCGUAUCAACACAUCAUAAGUGAUAACUUUUUCGUUAACAAAAUUUACGAGAGCGAAAGUACGUAAUUUCCCAAUGGUUGUCCGGUGCGUUCGUCUGAUGAAGAUCACGAUGCUUACCAAAAAUAGUCAUUCCUCGGUACACGACUGACGAAUUAGUGACAAGUGAAGCUUGGUUACGUAAAUCGCUACGAAGUAUGGAUUUCACACAAUUUGAUCGAAGAUAGUUUAAUGUACCGCGUCUCCAUCCGAGAAGCUCUUGAUGCACGCAACGAAAAUCGAUGAUGAAAAAUGAACCGUUCAUCAGGUGUGCAAGUUGAAAAUGUCCGGUUUAUGUUUUCGAUGUUACUAGCAGGGUUGUAUGUUUUCUUAUUUGACAUAAACCUUCAAAACCUUCAAAGCGUCGUGCACAAAUUACGUAACACGAGUAGGGAAGAGGGGGAAGGGGAUCGAGGUUGCGUCACUUAAUGUGACCCCCCUAUGUCACGAAUCCAUAUAUGCUUGAGCAGCUAGCUUCAAUUCUGGGACCGAAUGAGGUGUGUUUCAUGAGCCAAGAUAUAAAGCACGUGAUGUAAUGGAUUUAACAGCAGCCAGUAAGCAAGCAACGAUAGAUGCAUCUCGAACAGAGUUACCAUGUCUACAUAAUAAUAUGUAUUUCUACAUAUUUUUUAGACUUUUUUGAACCAAGAAUCUGUAGAUACAGAUUACAUUUUUUAUGUUUCAUGCAAAAUUUACAGAUUUUUUAAAAUAACGUUGCAAUUAAUGGCUUGAGGUUCAUAAUAUUUUUUCCCAUCUCACCUAUUUUAUUCAUGUCAGAUGAGAACACAUGUUUUUAUUUUCAGAAAAACAACAAAUAUUUUUGAAAUUGAUCAAUCGAUACUCUUUUCUCAGUGCCAAAAUGUUAAAAACAUAACAAAAAGGAAUAAGUUCCAUAUAUCUUUUGGUUUCAUUGAUAUUUUUUCUCGAGCAUAUGGUUUCAUCACUCAGACGUUUUGUUAUUAGAGCGUUUAUUGGCGGUAAUGUUUAUUCACCUAAUCAACGAUUUAUCAAGAAAAGUUUAGAAUCUAAUAGCAUGUAUUUCCACUAAAGUAGUUGUUUUGAAUUACUCAUUCUUGUUCAAUAUGAUGAGAAAACACUUUUCACACACUAUCGAAACAGUCAUCUGGCAUCCCUGGAUAUGAGUUCAAUGUUUACAUUUGGCUGUGAUGUAAUACUUUAGCCGUGAAACAAUUUUUGAAGAUAAAGACGGAACAGAAGAAUACCGAUGCUUUAAAUCAACAAGGUGAACAAACACAUCAAGCCUAGCAGAGAAGAGCAUUCAAUUAUUUUCCAACCGUAAUGCAGUUUGCAAUAAAAUUGGGAUCAAAUAACAAAUUACAACCAUGGCAGCAGAAAAAAUAUUUAAAAUCAUGUUGGAACCUGAAUAAACGCUGUUCUAAUUUGGGAAUGUGUUAUGUUAUCAAUAUUUCAGUACUGUUAGUAUUUGAACGACAUCAAAGUUGAAUUAUAAGGCCUUAUUCCCGUAUACACUUCACGGUGAAAACGGAAUGAAGUGUGUCUGCGAUGACAACAAUAUUGUGUUGAUAUCUGGAUACGAAACUAGUUUUUAACAUGUCUUAGCACUCGGCCCGAAAGUUAAAUUGCUAAAAGCUGAACAAAAAUUUUUACUGGGCGUUAUUUAUUUACUUGAAGCACGUAUUUCUUACCCUAACAUGACUUAUUUUCUAUACACUUUCCAAUAUUCUCACUAAAACUUAUCAUUGUAAUAUAAAAUUAUCUUCAGAUACAAUUGUUGUACGAAAUUAUUUUACCAAAUGAAGAAAGCAAAGUUAUCCAUCCACAUUGAACACUAAUUUGAUACGGAGAAGUUGAUUAUCAUUCAUAAUUUCGAUUUCAAAAGUGUUCAUUCUACCAGAAAAACCAUAAUUUUCUUGAACUCGUAAAACGAAAUUAAAUGGCGUGUCGUUCAUUUCGUUUCCAUCGUGAAGUGUAAACGGUAAGGCCCAUAGUCUCUUGAUGAAUCAAAUGUACUUUGAAUUUAAUUCAUGUAUUUCAACAUAUCAUACUCCUUCUAUCAAAUCUACAUUUUCAAGUUUACUUUAUCUCUUCACAUUUAAUUUUUAUGCAUACCAAAAUAACAGGAAAAUACUUAUUGUUUAAAAUAUGUGACAUUCGGUUGAAAAAUUAAUACAAAAAAAUGGUACAGUUCAGAAAAUACAUGAUACGUAAAACACAUGUUUUUCAUGGGAAAAUAAUCUUCCGGAAUUUUAUAACAUUUGGCAACCUUCACAUCUCGCUUUCCUGUUAUCUAGCACUUGGUCGACGAAAAUGCAGAAAGAAGAGUAAGAAGCCAGUUGUCACGUCUUGUCUUAGGGUCAAACGAUCGUCGAGUCAGACGAGCUACUCGUCUGUUUUUUGUCGAGGUCGUCAUCUGGAAUACCAAAACAAACGAGACGAGCGCUCGUCUCCUCGACUCGUUUUCUGGAAUAGGGCCCAUAGUGUUAUAAUAAAUAGAUAACAUCGUUUAUCUUUUUCUUACUGAAGCACAGAGAAUGUAAGUUCCAAAAGUGCACUCAUACUGUCGUGAAAAUUCUUUUUUUUUUUUUUGAAAGUUAAGUUUUCAUAUAAAUUGAAAAUACACAGCUCAAAGCGAAAAAAAAGGAUUAAAUCAGUUCAGGAAAUAUUGAAGAUCGAACCAUUGAAAAUGCUGAAUUAUCCCGCUCUCACUGGAAUCCGUCGGUCAAUAUAACCUAGAGAAAUUCAACUACGACCGAAACCCUAUUUUACUGUUUUUUAACAACGUUUUGCUAUUGAUUGUUGAAUUGAACAAACAAACUGAAACACAUGAAUUUACUCAGAUUAAUUCGGACACCAAAACACUUCAUUUUACUUUCUUGAGUAAUAUCGGAUUUUUCAAUAAGAGCGCUACAAAAGUCUUUUCAAAUAAAACAAAAAUGAUUUUGGAUAUCAAUGAAAGAAUUAAAUCAGGAUUUCUUUUGCAUGGCCACCACGGGCACGCUUGCAGAAGUCUAGACGCUGAACCCAAUUUUCGACGGUUUUCAAGCAUAAAUCGGCCGAUACUGCUGCAAUUUCAUGUUCGAUAUUCGUACGAAGUUCAUCAAUCGUCGCUGGCUUGUUGGCGCAGUCCGUAGACUUGACGUAGCGCCAUAGGAAGUAGUCUAACGGCGUCAAAUCGUACGACCGAGGAACACGCACGACACGCUCACCAAACUUGGUUUUCAAUAAAUCGAUUGUUAAAUUCGCUGUGUGGUUUGAGGCGCCGUUCUGUUGAAACCACAUAUUGUCCAAGUCCAUAUCAUCCAACUCGGGACAAAAAUGUUCGAUUAUCAUUGAGCGGUAGCGAUUUCUAUCCACAGUAAAGUGCCGGUCUUGAUCACCCCGAAGAAGUAUGGUCCAAUGAUGCCGUAAACCGGACCAAACCAGAUUCAAAUUUUUCCACUAGACGCUCAAUUGUUGAUCUGGCAGGAUGAUUAUGACGACCAUAAAUUGGACGUACCGCUUUCAAUGUUGAGGCCAUUGACUACGAAUUUCGGCAGUAAAUGUUAAUAAUCUCGACUCGUUGGAUCGUAUAUCUUUCCAUUAUGAUAUGGCAAACCUUACUGAAGAUAAAUGUCAAGAGAGCGGGAAAAAAUAUGGCGUCGUUUACUGUCCCUAUCGGUCUGGAGUAUUAUCAAUGCUUUCAUAGUUAUAUACCCAGGAUUUUCGUUUGGAUAGUCUCAGUUCUCUGCUGUACUUAGUUAGAGCCGUUUUGUAUUGAGACCAGUCCAAAGUAAUUUUCACUCUGUUGAACAGUUUCCGCGCUGUUUUGCGAAGCCGUUCAAGUUUUAUACCACAAAGGAACGUUUCUUGUCGAAGAAACUCUCCUUAGUGGGCAAUUGCUGUUGUAGGUAGGAGACUAUCGUUUCGUUUAAUUCAUUUGAAGCUGAUUCAAGUUCAAGGGAAUACCGAUCCCAGUUGUUUUUAAUGUGUCUAUGAUCAGAGGUUUCUGUCGUGAGGUAUCUCGUUUAUAUAUAUUUUUUAAGUUGUGGUUUGGCCAAAUCGGAAGUUUAUUUUGAAGUUGUUUCUAACAAGUUGACGCGUUGAUGCUUCGUCGACUGUUAGCGUCCAAUGCGCGUGGAUUUCAUUGGGAUUGGAUCUCUUUGGUAUACGCCAUUUAUCGGUGGAGAGAUUCUCGUUUUGGCUCUCAAUGAGGCUUUUGAGUCUAUCGUCGCUGUAUGUUGCACUUUGUGGAAAAAGGCAUGAAGAAUCUCUGGACGAGGAAAAUUUUUUGCGUCUAAAGCAACCAGUUUUAUGUUAUCUUCUAGGGAUAUCAUGGGAACCACUAUCUUCAACCAUUCCGAAGUUUGAUGGUCAUUACAAGAAAGGAUUAGAUAACCCGACUGAUAUGAGCAGUUGAAAAACUUGAGUUCACCGGUUCAUUUUUUUGUUGCUCUAUUGUAGUGAGUAGAGCAUUCUGAAUGGAAUUUAGUUGAACUGUAGUCAGUUCAGUGUUGGGAUAGUUCUCCGGGAGAAUUCUAACUUUGACCUGUUCUAAGGCUUCUUUGAAGAAGGUUGCAGAUUCGAUAAUGGUUUUUGAGGUGUUGUUUUGAAGAGUGUUAUGUGGAUCUUUUUUCUGCUCAUGCUCUUUGACGGGGCAGAGAUUUUGCUUCGAUUUUUUAGGAAUCGGUUUUUCAUCAUUACUUUGUAGCUCCGAUAUUCGGGGGCGUUUUGUUGGCCCAGAGAUAUGCCGACUCAGUGCUUGCAGCCGAGCUUCCUUUGCAGGGAUCUUAGCUGCGACCAAGUUCUUGAGCUUCCUUCUCUGACCCUUGGUGAGGUUCUUUUUCCACGAAUAGUGGACCUCGGCUGAUUCAGUUUUUAUAGUGACGCUACAUUCGUCAUUAUCAUCCUCUAGCGACUCACAGCGUGUGGGAGUGUUGAGGAUGAAAGAGGAGCAUGAUUGAACAUGGGUGCGUUGCUCGGUACUUCAUCCUCUUCUGUGGGAGUCGAUCUCUAUGGAGAUUUUUUCCCACAGAGAGAGGCUGCCGGAACCCGAAGUUUUUUUUUAUUGUUGUCAUUUGAAUUAUUCAUAGAAGUCUCAUGAGUCUCGCUUCUUUACCGGUCCGCUGCAAUGCAGCAAGGGCAGACGAUACUGUGGAGGGUGCCCUGGUGCUCCACAGGCUCCGUUAACGGCAGGGUUUAGACCCCCUUUCAAUUCAUUCCUCGGCACGGGUCGCGUCACACCUUCGCUUAGGGGUUUAUUCAUUAUUUUCUUUCUAUAAUAACCAUGGAUAACAGCUAUUACAACCAUCCUCCUUUUUUAAGGCUUUGGACUCAAUGCUCUGGUUCUCAAUAAUUUUAGGUUCUCAUUCGGAUAUGCUUUUAUUGGGAUCCGUCAUUCGCAGGCGGAGCAUUUCGUGGAUACCAUUAACACUGUCUAAUCAGAAUUUCUAUGCCAAAAGAUAAAUUCUGCUUAAAAGUUAGACUAAUAAACCUAAUACAGAUUUUUUAAGAAAAAGCUAAAAUAAAAAUAUUUUUUCAUACCAAAAACACAGAUCUUGAUUUGUCAUGGCUGCUAAACAAAAGCAAUCCGUCUAUUAUCGAAGGAUGUUAGGACACCUUGGUCAUGCUGAAGCAGUUUAAGGGGGUAUUCUAGUGUAGAGACACGAAUUUCGGGCGUUUUUACGAGCUCCGUAAAAAUAAAACAAAGAUUUUUUUUACUAUCCAUCAUAUCAUUAUUUGUUCAUCUAUCUUUAGCAAUAAAACAAAAAAGAUAGAGAAAAAAUAUUCAUAACUAGAAUAGUUAAGAACUGAUGAAGUGAGAGGGUUCAAUAAAAAGAGGUGCCAUGGCGUACACGAUUCCAGCUCUUCUGGUUAUCUGAAACAAAAAAUCGAAUAGAAUCUGAAUCAGUGAAGAUACUGCUAUCGCAACCUCGGACAAGUCAAAAACAUAUUUUUUGACAAAAUGGCGACAGUUUGAAAAACAAAAUGCGGUUUAAAACCUUUUUUCUUACGUUUCCCGAUUUUUUUAAAAUAGUAAGGUUCAAAAAAUAUUAUUUAAUAGAGGUUCAUGCGAUAGAGAGAUGCCUGACCCUGAAUGCCUAAACUAUAGAAAUAUGAAGGAAAAAAAAUGAUUUUUUUCAAAUUUCUAGACUAGAAUACUGCCUUAAUACAGUGGUCUAAUGUAUGUUGCAGUUCGUUCAGCAAGGUACUGUUCUUUUGAACGCAUUUUCUCAUGGGUUUGAUUUUAAAAGGGUGAUCGAGCUGCCUGAAUUCGAGAUUAUCCAGCUUCAAGGAAUAAUCAAGCCAGUAAUAAUAAAUAAUGUAAAUAAAUAAUGACCAGACGAGAACCCGUUUUAAAAAGGUCAUAGAUAUUUUCGAUUUAAUCAAUCAAUUGAAUCUUGAGCCAAUACGCGUUACUAAAAAUGCUUUCAAUCGUCGAACAUCGGAUGGGAGCUUCUCCGGGAUCUAGGAGGUCCAAUACUUCCACAUGAUCAUGAGAGUUCUUAACUGGAAACGAAACAUUAUAAGUAUGUAGGGGAAUCGUUAGUUAAUAGUAAUCUAGCGAUCGACGGAUAUAUUCUCAAAGUAGAGAAUAUUGGAUUUGCAAACUCCAAUGAAGCGGAAUCAGUGCAAUAUUAAGCCGAAUUGUUUGCUCGUCACGUAAUGACAUCCCAGAUGGGGCCUAUUGCAAGUAGUGAAAUGUAGCGACAGGAACUGUUGCAUUGAACCAAGGAGUAGUGUAAAUCAGCAUAAAUAUAUAUCGGUCCAUGUUCCUCUCAGCUUAAUGCCAGAUGGGUUGAAAGCACCAAUCCCAACUGAUGUCAGCAAUAAUUUUCCAUCUCUGUUUGUUCAAAACUCUAUGAACUUGUCGAAUGUUCUUCCGAUGUCACUACUUGCCUAUAAGGAACUUCCGUAAGAACAUUUGAUUCCGAGACCUGGGCAGAUAUCUAUUUUUUUUAUGUUGAACAAACCACUAUGACUUUGUGCAAAUAUUAGCGUCAUGUAACAUAAAGGGGAGGGAAGGGGGUUUGUUCUACGUUACUUUUGGUUACAUAGGAGAGGGAGGGGGGUGGAUCCAAGAAUCGCAUUUUUAGCGUUAUGUAAUUUGUGCACGACGCCUUAGAGUAAAUCUGCAAAAGCAACUUGGAUGUUCUGCGUUAUUAAAAGAGUCGAGUUUCGUUCCAAAUGAAGAGCAUUUGCGGGAGUUGUUACGUUUGUUUUUUUUUAUUUGAAAAAAUAGCGGUCGAAGCACAUCGGUUGCGUGCGAAUGCUUAUUUAUGGUAAACAUGCUCCAUUAGUGAAAACAUGUAAGAGAUGGUUUCGACAACUCAAAAGUGGUGAUUUCGAUCUGAAGGACAAUGACAAUGAUGCAGCCGAAGCAUAACAAAUAUUGGCAAAAACACAGAAUGCGUCCCAAACAGUAAUUGGUUCAAAAUCCAUGGGAAAGAUCCAAAAUCUCGGGAAUUGGGUGCCUCACAAAUUGAGUGAAAGGCAAAUGGCACAUCGCAAAAUCAUUCAUGAAAUGCUUUUUCAACAGCAUCAAAGAAAGUCGGUUUUGUAUCGGAUUGUAACUGGCGACGAAAAAUGGUUUUAUUUCGAGAAUCCUCAACUCAAAAAAGCAUCACUUCCACCUGAUGAAGCCGACCCGUCCGGCAAUACCAAAUCGUUUCGACCAAAAGACGAUGCUCUGUGUGGUGGGACCAAUAGGGUAUGGUAUACCAUGAGCUACUGAAACCGGGUAAAAUGGUGAAUACAGAUCGUUACCGACAACAAAUGCUAAAUUUAAACUUUGCGAUGAUGAAAAAAAGGCUCGAGUUGUUCCGAAGGCACGGUAAAAUGGCAUUAGAGCUUGACAAUGCAUCGGCGCACUCCGCUAAAGCUGUGAAGCACUAAAUAAAAACCCUUAACAGGGAAACGUUAUCGCACUUGUUGUUUUUUUCCAGUCCUGGGCCCCUCCAGAUUAUGACCAAACAAAAAAGUUUUAUUCGAAAGGAAUGCACAACUUGCCUGAGAGAUAGGUAAAUUACUUCGAAUAAACAUAUUUCGAGAUGCUCUUGAAAAUUAUGUGUUCUCUCCACCGAAAACACUGGACAAUUUUAAACUCGCACACCUGGUAUGUCACCCUAUAAAAAUAUUGCUUCUAUUUUUUUCCUACCAAUCCAUAUGAACUUUCCGGACAACUCAGUAUCGUAGUCGGACAAAUGUAGUAACCCCUUCAAAACAUAUAAUGUGUUCCUCUUCACUUGGGGAGUUUAAGUCGACAUGAGAUUUUGACCAAAAGUAUUCUAAUCAUUGAAAAUCCUCUAGUUGUAAGGAGUCUAGUUUCUAUCAAGCCGUUAAUUUUUUCCGACAAAUUUGUUUUAUAAGAAAGAUAGAGGAAAGUUAGAAAGAUUCUAGUAUGUAAGAAAUCAAGUAAAAGAUUGUUAUUAGCUGCGAAUACUGAAUAUUCUGUAUACGUAUGUUACGUAAUUUGAUGUUCAUAAGCUUCUCGUUGAACGAUUAUCUGAUAGCUCUAACCAGUAAAGUGUAAUUGUUUAUAGUGCAAUACUUGUAGUUUAAUUUUCUCAAAUUUUGUGUGUUUGUCUGAAAUAGAAUAUAUCACAAAUAUUUUCUUGCGUCGCGUAGUGAUUGUCAGCAGGGCCUGACAAUUUCACUUCAAUUAGCACAUCGUCACUCAAUAAUGUGUCUAUCG